UUUGAAGUAAUUCAAUAAAAAAAGAGGAUAAUAACAGGAUCCAGCUAAAAUUCCAUGCUUCAUAUAAUCGAUCGUUUGAUUGAUUUUAUCUCAAGAUGAUGAUCAAUCGAGGAUAUUUUUUUGCCGCAUUUGCCCAAAGUAUCGAUUUUUCUUUCGCUUGUUUUAUAUCUAAUAGUUGGUUUUUUUUGAAUCGAAGUUUGAUGAUUUUUUCUCCUAUUUCUGAUUCUUUUUUUUCGUCAUGUCAUAGCCCUGAGGGUCUGUUUAAUUAAAUCAAUUUCGAUUUUUUUUGUGGUGCAGGACAUCUUUUUUUGUGCUUUUGAUGAUUCAGUUUGACCAAUUUCUGAAAAGAUGCUUUUAUAAUCAUGGAACAUUCCAAAUUAUCACGAUUAAAUCAAUCAAAAAUGAAUAACAAUUUUAUUCUAAGAAGAAAAGAUUCCCCAAAUUCAAUUUCGGAUAAUGAUUCCGAUCCACAACAAUCUCCAUCACCAUCUAAUAAAUUUCGUCACCGUGAUUCUGUUUUUGUCAAUAAAAAUCAAAUUGAACAACGACGAAUUAGUAAAGGCGAAACUGAUGAUGAUGAAGAUGAUGAUGAUGAAUUGAAUCGAAACACUCAGUUUAAUAUGCAACGACAAUCUAGCAGUGGAUCACAGGUUCGAUUCAAACUAAAUGAAAAUGAUAUUUCUGAUAAUGAAAUCACAGUUCAGAAUAACAUACCUUUAAAGCGUAAACCUGAACCUAUUAUCAUCGAUGAUAAAAAUAGAAAUGAUCAAACAAUGGAAACGAAAUUAAAAUUACGGCCAACAUUAUCCUCAUCAUCGAAUCGUUUUUCACAAACGACACCAACAUCUGCCAAUAAACGAAUAAGUUUUGCACAAUUUGAUCAUGUUUUUAAAUUUGAUCAUCCAACAACAAGCACAUCAAAAAAUGAAGACAAAAAUCGAAAAGCGUCCAUAUAUGAUCAUAUGAAAAAAAUAAACAUUGAUAACCAAGAUGACGAUAGUAGUGAUGAAACCAAAACAUAUCCAUGGGAUUCAUUCAAAUCGAUUCCCACACAGGAUGAAGAUUCAAGUUCCAGUUCGAAUUGGGUGAAAUUUUUUCUAAAAUUAUUCAAAUUAUUAUCACAUGCAAUAAGUUUCUUAUUGGUAUUGGUUAUGGCAAUCAUAGCGAAAUUAUUUUUACAUUUGAUGGCAACAAUGACACGUGUGGAUAAAAGUAUACAAAUUUGUAAAAAAAAUCUUCUCGAUGAUAGUUAUGAUCAUUCAGCUCUUAUACCAUUGUAUACGCGUUUGGAAUUAAAAUCUGAUGAACGUAUCGCUUGGAUAUGGAUGCUAUUUUUCGUAUUAAUUUCUCCUGAUAUUAUACUUUUCUUUCGUAGUAUUCAUUCAUGUUUAUUUAAGAAUUAUUCACUUCCAGAUUUUUAUGCAACAUUAAUGAUAUUUUUAUCAAGUACUUCCGAAGUAAUUGGCAUUUCAUUAUUGGUUUAUGUAGUGUUGCCAUCAUUUGAUACAAUUGUUGGUUUGAUGAUUACAAAUUCAUUGUUUUUGAUUCCAUCAUUGUUUCAUUUCAUGAGAGCUAUUAAAAUGGACAAUCCUGAACAAAGACAAUCAAUUUCAAAUCGAAUAAUGAAAAUUCUAUAUCUAAUAGCAUUUAUAUUUCAAAUCAUGUCCAUAAUAGUAUGGCCAAUUUUAUUGUUAAUAAAAGAUUCUAAAUAUAAAUCAACAACAAUUGAAGACAAUGUUUUUGAUCCAAGACGUGAUGACAUACAUCUAUCAUGGAUCAUUCCUAUUGCAUGUAUUUUAAUAACGUUUGGUUAUUGGGAAAAUUUUCUUGGCAACAAUAAUCCUGACGAUGAUUCAUCAUCUAAAAUCCAGAAUCGAUUUAUACAAUCAUUAUAUCAGAUUAAAGAUAAUUCAAAACGAAGUAAAUUUGCUAUCUAUUUAUUUGUAUCAAUUUGGAAAUGUCUACUUCAUUUGGCCAUAAUGCUAGUAAUUCAAGGUUUGUUGGCCAUCCAUCAACCAAAGACGACAGAUGCAAAUGAUAAUGAUGUUGAUGAUGAUAGUAAUAUGAACCGAAUGGCCGAUAUGAUGAAUUUUAUGUUUACCAAUUUCACUCAAGCAUUUCGACAACAUCCGAUCACAUUGGUAGCUAAUGCCGGAUUCAAUUAUCGUCAUCCUACAAUCGAUUCUGAUCCAAUGUUGCCUAUCUGGAUUGGAUUGAUACAAAUUGCUGCAGCAUUUUUUUGCUAUCAAACAAUCAAUUUCGUUUGCAAAAUCUGUAUUCAACCAUUAGGAUUUGGAUUGCCAAUCACAAUGGCAAUGCCCUUAACUGUUUCAUUGACACAUUCGUUGGGCCAAAUUGCCAUCAAUGAUCGAUGCUGGCUGCCUGAUCAGUGGAACAUCUUUGAUUAUACAUUUUUCAAUGUCCCGUACGAUAUUUUUGAUCAUAAAUGUUGGAUAAAUUAUUUAUUCUAUGCCAUAUGGAUGAUGACUUUCAUAUCACAAAUAAUCAUAACCAAUCAUAUUUGGAUCUCAUCCAAAGAACGAUUAGCAUCAACAAAUCAGCUAUUUAUGUUGCCUUUAUAUUCAUCUGCCUUUAUCGAUCAAUCAUUAAUGUUGAAUCGCCGCCGCAAUUAUGACAACGAUAUUUGGUCAUCAUUAUUGAAUGAAAAUGAGGCUGAUUCAUCGAUGGAUGGCCGAAAAUCUCCAAUGCAAGAAUUUCAACGAAAAUCCUCCAAAGAGAAUGAUGACAAUGAUAUUCGUAUAUAUGCCUGUGCAACCGUAUGGCAUGAAACGGCUGAUGAAUUAUUGCAAAUGUUAAAAUCAAUCAUGCGAAUGGACAAGGAUCAAUGUUGCCGAUCACUGGCUGUCAAAUGUCUACAGGUUAAGAAACGUGAUGUCGAUUUUUAUCAAUUUGAAACACAUUUGCUCGUUGAUGAUGCUUUUAAAAAAGGCAAAUAUUACAAAAAGAAUGCAAACGAUUUGGACAUCAAUGAAUAUGUACAAACAUUGAUCGAUGUGUUGGAUGAAGCUGCACAAAAUGUUCAUCAACGUUAUAUUACGAUAAAGCCACCUAUCAUCCAUAUGACACCAUAUGGUGGCCGUAUUGAAUGGAUUUUGCCUGGUCGUACUAAAUUGAUAGCUCAUCUUAAAGAUAAAUCAAGAAUUAGACAUCGAAAACGAUGGUCUCAAGUGAUGUACAUGUAUUAUUUACUAGGAUAUAAAAUCUAUCAGCAAGAACCGGAUCGAAGAGAUGCAUUGAUGAAAAACACCUAUUUAUUGGCAUUGGAUGGCGACAUUAAUUUCCAACCGGAUGCGGUUUUACUAUUGGUCGAUUUGAUGCGAAAAAAUUCGAAAUUAGGUGCCGCUUGUGGACGUGUUCAUCCUGUUGGAGUAGGGCCAAUGGCCUGGUAUCAAAAAUUUGAAUAUGCCAUUUCUCAUUGGCUACAAAAAGCUACCGAACAUGUAUUUGGCUGUGUUCUUUGUAGUCCUGGAUGUUUUUCAUUGUUUCGUGCAUCGGCUUUAUCUGAUACGAACGUUAUGAAUCGUUAUACAACAAAACCGACGGAAGCCAUACAUUAUGUUCAAUAUGAUCAAGGUGAAGAUCGAUGGCUAUGCACAUUAUUAUUGCAACAAGGUUGGAAAGUCGAAUAUUCGGCUGCAUCCGAUUCGUUUACACAUUGUCCCGAAGGAUUCGAUGAAUUCUAUAUUCAAAGAAGACGUUGGGCGCCAUCUACCAUGGCCAAUAUCAUUGAUUUACUGAAAAGUUACAGAAAUACGGUUCGAGCGAAUGAUGAUAUCUCAUCGCUUUAUAUGCUUUAUCAGGCCGGUUUAAUGUUGGGCACAAUUUUAAGUCCUGGAACGAUAUUUCUUAUGUUGGUUGGAGCCGUCAAUAAUUCAUUCGGAUUAAAAAAUGAAAUAUCAUUCUACAUUAAUAUAGUUCCGGUUUUAAUUUUCGUUUUGGCUGGUUUUUUUACUGAUAAUAAGAAACAGAUUUUAGUCGCCCAAAUAUUUAGUACGUUUUACGUGAUGCUAAUGUUGGCGGUACUCGUGUCGACUGGCAUCGAAAUUUAUGACGAAUCAAUCUUCUCACCAUCUGUCAUUUUCUUUGUCGGCAUGUUGACUGUAUUUAUUAUAUCGGCAUUAAUUCAUCCACAGGAAUUCACUUGUUUGAUACCUGUCGUUAUAUACAUGUUGAUGAUACCCAGCAUGUAUUUAUUGUUGACAUUGUAUUCAAUUAUCAAUUUGAAUGUAGUCGUUUGGGGUACACGUGAAAAUCCACAGACAGUAGAAACUAAACAACCAGUUCAACCAACGCCAAAACAGUCAGAUAAUUUUCUCCAUGAUGUACGUCAAUAUUUUCGAAAUCGAUCACGAAAAUUGGAAGUAUUAAAUUGUGUAUGUUGUGGAUCAUCUCGCAAUGAUGAUGAACUUUCAUUGCUACAUGAGAUAAAAGAUUCAAUGCAUCAAGUCCGAUCUGAUAUGGACAAAAUGAAAACUCAAAAUUCUGUAGGUAGUAAUAUAAUUCGUCGAAUGAGCCUUUGGAAUAGGCGACGAUCAACGAUUGCCGAACCAACACCGGACCAAUUAGAAAAAGAUCCAUUAUUGGCAGAUGAUGCUCAAGACAUUAUAGAUGAGGACGUUCUACUGAAUAUCGCCAAUCAACCAAUCAGUGAUGAAGUGAAAGAGGCUGAAGAAAUCUCCAAUCUACGACGACCAAGAUGGAUACAUAAUAAACAUUUGAAAAAUGCCAACACUCAUCCAAUCGAUGAAGAGGAAGAAAAAUUCUGGACAUUAUUUAUUGAAAAAUAUCUAAAACCAUUAGACAAGAAUGAAGAACAUGAGAAAAAAGUAAAAUCUGAUUUGAUUAAUCUAAGAAACCAGGCAUUUUUUGCAUUGAGCAUUAUCAAUAUUAUAUUCGUUCUGUUUGUUUAUCUUAUGCAAUUGCAUAAAGAUAUUUUCAGCUUUGAAAUUACACUAUCACAAACGCAGAAUGGUACAAAAACGGUACUAAUCGAAGAUGAAGAACAUGAUAUUCCUAUUUAUGUUACAAAAAAGAUUGCCAUGGAUCCUGUUGGCUUUAUAUUGAUUCUAUUUUUCGGCGUAAUCAUCAUCAUUCAAUUUAUCGGAAUGUUGUUACAUCGAAUGGGAACGUUAACUCACCUGCUUGCAUUUACCGAUCUGAAUUUCUUUCAAGUUCGUGCCGAAGAUAUCAAAGAAAAACGACAAUUGGAUCAAAAUUCAUUGCAAUUAGUUCAAUCAAUCAUGAAUGAUACUGAAGAAUCCGACCAGGAUUAUGGUCAUUUUGAUAUGGAAGAAUUUUUCCUUCCCGCCAUGUUAAGAGUGAUGGAUCCAGAUACUGCAUACGAAAUGAUCAAAAAAAUGAAACCAAAUACGAAUGUUUCCAAGAAAAAAUUGGGUGCAGAAUUAUCAAGAAGAAGCUCAACAUUCGUCGGUCGUAGUACUUUCUAUACGAUGCCUGAAGAAAACGAUGAAAAUACUGAUGACAAUAGUUAUGAUAAACAACAUUUCAAAGAAAAUGUUUCCGAUUCUGAUUCGAUCGAUAUGUCUAUUUUUAGUCGCGGAUCAUCACCGAUUAGAAAAGAUGCACCCAUAUCAGUAGAAAGUGAUGAUUCCACAUAUCUUUGAGGCUUUUAUCAUUGUCCAAUUUAAUUUGUUUUUGCCAAUAAAUUUUAAAUGUUUAUUCCUUA